AUGUAUAAAAUUCUUGGCAAACAACGUCUCAUAUAUCGCUCUCGCAUCGCGAACUAUGUGAAAGCCGGCCUCAUUGAUAAGGCAAUCCAAGUGUUCGAUGAAAUGUCCAAUUCAGAUUGCAGGGUCUUUUCCAUAGAUUACAACAGGUUCCUUGGAGUGUUAAUAAAGAACUUGCGUUUUGAGUUAGCUGAACACUAUUAUAAUUCGAUGGUUUCAAAAGGGUUCUCUUUGAGUUCCUUUACUUACUCCAGAUUCAGCUCCGGGUUGUGUAAAGUUAAGAACUUUGAGCUCAUUUGUAGGCUUGUUGAAGAUAUGGAUAGGCUCAACAUUGUGCCUGAUUUAUGGGCUUAUAAUAUUUAUUUGAAUCUUUUGUGCAGCGAGAAUUUAGUGGACAAUGCCUUGGAAUUAUUGAGAGUAAUGAGAGAGAAGGGACGUGAGCCAGACAUAGUGAGUUAUACUAUUACAAUUAGUGGGUUGUGUAGGGUUAAAAGGCUUGACGAGGCUGUUGAAAUGUGGAAAAUGAUGAUUAAAAAGGGUUUUGAACCAGAUAAUGACGCUUGCAGGGCAAUUGUUUUAGGUUUAUGUGACAAUGGGAAGGUUGAUUUGGCAUAUGAGCUCACUGUGGGGGAUAUGAAGGGGAAGGUUAAAUUUAAUGUGAUAAUUUAUAAUGUACUUAUAGAUGGGUUUUGUCAAGCAGGUAGGAUUGACAAGGCACAAGCAAUCAAGUCAUUUAUGAGUAGGAAUGGAUGUGUGCCUGAUUUGGUUACUUAUAAUGUGUUAUUGAAUUAUUUUUGUAAUGAGCUAAUGUUGGAUGAGGCAGAGAAUUUAGUAGAAAAGAUGGAGAGAAGCAGGACGAAGCCUGACGGUUAUAGCUACAAUCAGCUUCUAAAGGGUUUAUGCAAAGGCAAUAGAGUAGACACGGCUUAUGUCUUGAUGGCCAAAAAGAUGGAAGCUAAAGGGUUGGUAGAUGUUGUAUCCUACAAUACAAUUAUUAGAGCAUUUUGCAAGGUGGGCCGUACUGGAAGGGCUUUUAAGCUAUUGGAGGAGAUGGGGAAGAAGGGAAUUGUUCCCGAUGUGAAAACAUUUACCACCCUCAUAAAAGCUUUUCUUAGAGAAGGCAACUCGAAGAUAGCCAACGAUCUUCUUGAACAGAUGACAAAAAUGGGUAUAUCUCCAGAUAGUGUAUUGUAUACUGUCAUUAUUGAUCACCGGUGCAAGAUUGGAAGCGUAGAAAUGGGUCGCAGUAUUUUUCAUGAUAUGGUAGGGCAGGGAAUUGCCCCUGAUGUAGUGUGCUACAAUGCACUCAUCAAUGGGUUUUGCAAGGCUUUCAGAGUUAGUGAAGCCAUGCAUCUAUAUGAGGAAAUGCAAAGUACAGAUGAUGGAGAAGGGAUUUACCCUUGA